UCGGUUUCAUUGACUCUGAUUGGCCAGCGGCUCCAAAUAUCAUUUCCGGGUCAGGAGCUACAGGUUGCUACGAAGUUGGUGCAGAUGACACGUCAGCUGACUGGAAACAACACAAACUACAACACCUGCUCGAAUAAGAUAAUGUCACAAACUUCCGAGCUGCAUGUAAACGCGCACUGACUGACGUCUGUCGCUGCAUUACAGAGUCGCGCGCCACUGCUUUAGCAUCACGCACGCGGAGAUCGAGAGAGAGUUCAGCAUCAUUCAGUCCAAACCCGCGGAAGAUGAUCAGCCCAGCGGUGCGGCGUUACCGUGGGUGAGAAAGAGCUUACCGGGCUGGUGUUUUCUUCUUCCGUUUCCCGAGCAUGUCGUCCCCGUCGCCGGUGCAGAUAAGAGAGGCGAACGCGCACCUGGCGGCGCUGUACAGACGCGUCACGGACCUGGAGCAGAGGCUCGAGGACGCGGAGAAAACCGUGCGCGAGCAGGCGGAGAGCCUCAUCCGCAAAGACGAGCAACUGCGAGCAACCACGCAAGAAAUCACGGAGGCCAAGGACAAAGAGAUUUUCUUCCUCCAUGAGAAGCUCUGUCAAUCGGAUGAAUCCAUCCAUAAACUCAACCAAACGAUUAAGGAAAAAGAUUCUUUAAUCGGACAGUUACAACACCGAUGUCAGCUGUUGGACAACAUUUGCAAAAGCCGUCCAUUUUUGGACAGCAUGCUGGCCCAGAUGGCCGAGGCCGAGAGGAUGGGGCCUGUCAGUGACUUGGGGAAGCCCACGACCAACAGCUCUCUCAAGGACGGAGAGUCCACCUGCAGCCCCAGCUGCCUCUCCAACCACAAAGACUUCUCCCUCAGCGAGGACGACUCUGACGAUCAGGAAUUAGAUGGGGUUGUGUUUGGGACCACAGUAUGAGUCUCAGUUCAACCGCUCCUCAUCUCAGGUUUAGCAGCCUGUGUGUUUUACGG